AUGGUUAUCGUGACAGAUGCUGGACACAUCAUUUUUUCGAUUGUUUUGGUGUUUCUUGGUGUUUCUGGAAACAUGUUUAACCUAGUUUUGACCAUAGAACAGCAAGUGAAGACCAGAAUCAUUCAGACUGUGGGUUUGAUCCUAUGCGUCAUCUCCAUCAGCAAUGUUGUUGUGGUACUUGCCGCUCUCUCAUUGGAGGUGGCUGUAUUUCUGCAGCCUGAUAUCUGGUGUGUGAAGCCGUAUCCUUUCUUUAUCCGGACUGUUAUAUAUCUAUUGUUGAAUUUCAGCUGCAUCAGCUUCUGGGCCAUUGCAUGGCUGAGUCUCUUCUACUGUGUGAAAGUUGUGAGUUUCUCCUCCGAGUGCCUCGGAUCACUGAAGAGGAACAUCUCCACUGUUAUCAACACUGCAGUGCUGCUGAGCUGCUUGGGCUUCUCCUUGCUGUUCUUACCAAUGUUCACACUUGAACUUGUAGAUUCAUCACAAGACGGCUACAAUGUGUCUUCAAACUACAGCCUUAACGAAUCCUCAAAAGCAAGCUGCCCGAGGCCAAUGUUUGCUGCAGAUAUUGAUGAAACAUCAUACAUUGUUGCCGUUUUUGGUUGCCUCUGCCCCAUCCCUCUGAUGAUCAUGCUGCCCACUUCUCUCAGAAUGGUUAUCCAUUUGUGUGCCCAUACACUUGCCCUCCAGAAGAACAAGACCCAAGUGCAGGGUUCAGACUCUUACCUGCUGGUAUGCAAGCUUACCAUCUCUCUGGUGGGAGUUUAUCUGACUAGUCUAUUUAUCGUGGCUUUGUUCCUCAUUAUAAGGAUAAUCGGGGUAUUUAUCACCUACCUCGUCUUAAUAUUUGGCUACAGUUUUUAUUCUAGCAUGACAUCUGUCCUUCUGACAGCGUCUAAUAGGUAUCUUAAAGAGAAACUUUGGAGUCUGUUCUGCUGUAGGGAGGCCAAGGAACAAGCUACCAAAAGCCAGACAGUUGAGACGAGGGAUGUUUGAUAUACAUGGAUAGAUUAUUUAACAAAAACUAGCACUAUAUUACUUGUUUCUGAUUUUAGAUGAAUGCCUUUAUUACUAAUGGCUUGAU